AUGACUGUUAAAGAUGCGCACUCAGUACACGUUUCCCUUGCUGAACUCGAAUUCCCAGUCGUAUUCCAAACUUCCACAUUCUUCGCCCUUUUCAAAACUUAUGGCAUUCCCAGUAUUUCGAAGCUGCUUGUCGCAACAGGACAGCUGUCCUGCCCGGAAACAGCAUCGAAACGAGCUGCUGAUACUGCUACCAUCAUGACCGAGGCGAUUAUUAACAAACCUGAUUCCGAACGCGCCAUCAGCGGCAUAGCACGAAUGAACUAUCUCCAUAGUCGGUAUAUCAAAGCGGGGAAGAUAUCGAACGACGAUAUGUUGUAUACGCUCAGUCUCUUCGUUCUUGAACCUAUCAGAUGGACUGCCAGGUACGAGUGGCGAACUGUGACGGACUUUGAGAGAUGCGCCAUGGGUGUUUACUGGAAGGAUAUGGGCGAGGCGAUGAAGAUAUCGUACGAUACUCUACCUUCAGCAAGCCAAGGAUGGCGCGACGGUUUCCACUGGCUCGAAGAGGUAGAAGCAUGGAGUUUGGCAUACGAAGCUCAGAAUAUGGUACCUGCUGAGACAAACGCGACGCUUGGUCGUGGUACUUUCGAUGUCGCCUUAUUCAACGUACCCUCCGCUCUCAGGCCUUUCAGCUUUACCGUGGCAUACAUGUUACUCGAGCCGCGCUUGCGGAAAGCGAUGAACAUACCGAAACCCCCUGCCGUCUACUACCGAUGUCUAGAAACAUUGGUCGAGAUUCGCAAGUUCUUGCUCCGAAACUUCUUCCUCCCACGUCCGUACUUCCUACGCCCGGACUGGUUUACAGAGAUCGAUGAGCGCACUGGCCGCGCCAAUGCUGGUCAAUAUAUUGACAGACCGUGGUACGUCAAGCCGUCGUUUAUGAAGAGAGAAGUACAGAGUAUGGCGACUACAAAGGUAGCUCUCAUUACCGCGAGCUCAGCAGGUCUGGGCGCGCAGAUUGCACGCGUAUUUGCACCAGACUUCCGCGUGGUGAUAAACUAUUCCUCAAACUCCGACCGAGCCGCCACCCUCAUGAAAGAGCUCUCCUCCAUCCCCGGCCCCUCCUCCUCAUGCACCCCCCGUUUCCACCUCAUCCAAGCCGACAUGUCCUCGAAACCCUCCGUCCAAAACCUCGUCCAAGAAACCAUCUCAACAAUGGGCCGCCUCGACGUCGUCGUCUCAAACGCCGGCUGGACGCGCAUGACCACCUUCACCGACAUCGAGCAACAGAUAAACGACGAAGACUGGGACAAGUGCUUCACCAUGAACGUAAAAACGCACAUGUGGCUCGCCUACGCCGCGAAAGACGCCUUAGCCUCCACCGAAGGCACGUUCAUCUCCACAGCAAGUGUAGCGGGAGUUAAGCCUAGUGGGAGCAGCGUGCCGUAUGCUGUUACGAAAGCGGCGCAGAUCCAUCUCGCGAAGAGCUUGGCUGUUAUUCUCGCGCCGCGGAUUAGGGUGAAUAGUAUUAGUCCUGGUAUGUUGCUUACGGAAUGGGGCAUGAAGUUUCCGGAGAAGAAAAGGGAGGCGGCGAUACAGAAUACUAAGUUGAAGAGGUUGGCUACUGUGGAGGAUUGUGCGGAGCAGGUUAGGGUGCUGGCGCUUAGUAGGAGUAUUACUGGGCAGAAUAUUUCGAUUGAUGGGGGGUCUUCUGUGUAG